UCACGUGACCGCCGUGGCCACGCCCACCCCGUUCCGCGCUGCGCUUCGCGCCCCGGUGCGCGGCCCUUCCGGGUGCGGGGCCGCCCCCGCCUCCCCCCCUUAUGGAGGCCGAGGCAGAGGCGCGGCUCCUGCUGCAGGAGGCUCAGGAGAGCAUCGAGGCGGCGCGGAGCUAUCGGCGGGAGCUGCGGCAGCGGCUGCGGGGGCUGCAGCAGGCGCGAGAGCAGAUCCGAGAAAGUGCAACAUUGACCAGAGAUGUACUCGAACAACACUUCAGUGACUUAAAAGGGACCUUGAAGAAGCUGUUGGAUGAGCGGCUGAUGUCACUGCUGCAGGAAGUGGAUGCUAUAGAACAGGAGAGCAUCAAACCCUUGGAUGAAUGCCAGAAGCUGAUAGAGCAUGGAAUCAGUACGGCUGAUGAUCUGCUCCGGGAAGGCGAGAGCGCAGUCCAUGGAGAUGUGGGACAACAGAAUGAGAAACUUUGCAGCUUUACAAAAAAAGCUUUACAUAUUCAGCUAGAUAGCUUACCAGAAGUGCCCUCCUUGGUCGACGUGCCUUGUUUAUCUGCCCAGCUGGAUGACUGCCUUCUUACUAUAUUGAAAGAUCAAAUAUUCAGGCAUGGAACCGUGGCAUCUCGCCCACCUGUACAGCUAGAGGAGUUCGUUGAGAAGCCUGGAGGGAUUUUAGUCCGAUGGUGUAAGGUGGACGAUGACUUCAUACCACAGGAUUACAGGCUGCAAUACCGCAAGAGCGCUGCCAGUCACUUUGAAGACGUAUAUGUUGGCUCAGAGACAGAGUUCAUAGUGCUCCAUAUUGACCCCAACAUUGACUACCAGUUCAGAGUUUGUGCCCGAGGAGAUGGACGGCAAGAGUGGAGUCCAUGGAGUGUUCCUCAGAUUGGCCGGACCACGCUGGUUCCCCAUGAGUGGACAGCUGGUCUGGAGGGUUACAGCUUGAGCAGUCGAAGAAACAUAGCACUUCGAAACGAUUCUCAGUCAUGUGGUGUGCUCUACUCCAAAGCUCCUACAUAUUCCUGUGGGCAAACAUUAACGUUCCGAAUUGAAACUGUGGGACAGCCUGACAGACGAGACAGCCUGGGAGUGUGUGUGGAGCAGCAGAACGGCUCUGACUCUUUGCAGCGGGAUAAAGCCGUGUGUAUUAGCACAAACGGGGCAGUAUUUGUAAAUGGAAAAGAAAUGACAAACCAACUGCCUGCUGUCACCUCGGGAUCGACUGUGACGUUUGACAUGGAAGUUGUGCAGUUAGGGCCUUGCAGCAAUGAGGGAGGAAACUUCAAGCUUAGAGUAACCAUUAGCUCCAACAACCGAGAAGUGGUCUUUGACUGGGUACUCGAUCAGUGCUGCGGCUCCUUGUAUUUUGGAUGUUCAUUUUCAUACCCAGGUUGGAAAGUUUUGGUGUUUUAGUAGGGAGUGAAGGGAUUUUUGUUCUUGCCAUUAAGUGUAAUGUUAAAACCUGAGUUUCCAGCUGUUUGACAUCAAGAACCUGUUAACAAAACCCUGUCUUUAUACUACUUGAACUCCACGCUGUUGUACUUCCUACUGGACUCGUUUCAGAUAAUAAUUGUGAAACAUUGGAUUUGUUACUCUGGAAAAAGUUAGAUACCAGCGUUUGCGUAGGCAAAUUAAUUUAAGCAGCCCACAGGACCUUUCCCUUUUUUCUCCAGACUUGAUUUUUGUCAGUAUUGCAUUGUACUCUUAGCUCAGGGUACGUGUUGUGUAGAAUUAACUCUGCUUAAUGCUGCUGUACAUUGAACGAAGCCUGUAAACAUGGAGAGGGUGAAAGGGUGGUAAAGGACCAAAGUUUUAUUUAUACCACUCAUAAAAGAGCAGCGCUGUCCCGCUAGGCUUCCCUGUACGCAAAGCUGCCUUAAGAGUCUGAGUGGCCGGUGGGUUCCGCAUGCAACAGCUGUUUCUCUAUGCACGGUACUGUUCAUUCCUACGGAACAAGGAUGUCUGAGCCAUAAUCUCUGUUCAAAUUUGUAGCUGGUCUGUUAGCGCCUAACUCAUGUAAGUGCCUUAUUUCCAGAUGUCUUUUGAACUGUUUUCUGUGUUGUCACUCAGAAUAUAUUUUCCAGAGUAGUUGCACAGUGAUGCUUACAUCAACUUAGUGCAGAUGCUUGCCUCAAACUAGACCAACGCCUAGAGCAGGAUGGUUAGCCUUACCUACUCAAACAUCUUCCCUAGCUAUAAUUUAUGGCAUAGCCUCUGUCAGAGUAACUCUUAGCGAUUUAGCACUUUGGUGUGGAGAUUGGCAGCCACGAUUCCUCACAGAGCCCUUCUGCCACUUGGAGACAACCUUCCUUGUGCCACAGCAGAGACCAGGGAAGGGCUGUUGUGAUGUGUGGGAUUCCUGGAAGUCCUAGCAUGCUCCCUGGGAACAUUGAGCAUCCAUGCGCAUGCAGCAGGGCCAGUUUAGGGUCCAGGUGCUUGGGAGGGACCAGGCUGGCCAAGCUUACUGGGGACCCCACUGGAGCCCAUCUGGGGAGGGGAUGGACAUGGCUUGGAGUAUGGGCUCCAGGCAGACCCCACUGGCAGAGUUAACCUGUGCCACUCGCAGUCAGCAGAGAGGGGUAAGUUAGCUCUCUCCUCCACGUAAUAUAGAAGAAAGUAUUAAGAAUUAAUUGACUUUGAAUUCAGAAGUUACAUAAAGUUUCCACUCUUCCCUAAGGAGCAACUAAGAUUUGCAAUGAGCUCAAUCAAAGAGAGCCUCUUCCUGGUCAAAAGCAACACUACUGGAUUUAAAGAAUAUCUUAAAGUAGUGCUCACUGAGGUCUUUAAAAGGGACCUUUUUACCUCAAAUGCAAUUAAAAUGAGAUAUACUUUAGCACAUUAGAAUAGCAAUAUUUUUUAUAGGACCCAGACAAUCAUUCUGUCCUUUUCCCUUCAGGCUCCGCAUGCUACGUGAGCCCUCAGUGCUAGCACAAAAACCUGAACUUACAUUAGAUUUGGGUCCCCCAAUGUCACAGUGCCAGUACGAAGAGAUGAGUCUGCGUCCUGCCUGCUUUUUUCCCCCCCAAGGAUCUGUAGCAAGGGUCGGAGAGUCUCGGAGAGGGAGAAUGGCAGGUGGUAUUUAUACCAUUUACAAGAAAACAAAUUAUGAGUAGAUUUAGAUGGGGGCAGAGAACUUGUGGCAGGGGGCAGUUAGGUCAGGGUUGUUUCCCCUAAGACACACGGUGAGGAAGACUGGACACCUGUGGGUGAGAUUGUCGGUGUUAGCAACAAAAAACCUGCAGUAUUCCCAGUUUACCAAGCUUAACCGGUUCACUGUUAGUUAGGGAACACCAGCAUAUCCUGCACUUUCAGUGUUCCUUUGGAUUAUCUUCUGAAGAGAAUUUUCAAUGCUUUUUAAAUGCAUUCCCUUCCUGCAAGCAAGAAGGCUCAGUAGCUGAUCAAACCGCAGCAGAGCUGAUAGAGGGCUGGGCUGCCACUCGAGGUAGCAGCCUGCUUAGAUCUGCUUUGCUCCCUAGUGCUGGCAACAUUAAACACUUUAGGGGUCAGGUACUCAUAUCUUAGUACUUUAACCAUAUGGGAACGAAAAUUGUGACUUAUCUGCACCUGAGGUACCACGGGCCAGGUACCUUUCCUCUGCUUUUGGAGCAGCUCGUCAGGCUAUCGCUUCCGCAGGAUAUUUACUUGUGGAUUAGAAAAUAACACUUGAGCAUUCAAUUCAGGUACUUCUGGAGAUGGCAAUGACUCCUAUUUGUUUGGAAUAUCCAUACAAAGCAGCUUAAGAUGACUGUGAAGGGCCAAGGGAGGCCCCUACGCCCUCAGAGCUGAGGACAGCAAGAGAAAAUAGGUUUUAAACCUUCAGGCUGUAGCUGUGUUGAGCAAGAGCAGCUUGCCCAUGGUGGGGUGGGUGGUUCUGUUUGUUUGGGUUCUGUUUUUUAACUCCGCCUCAGCCAAGCUGUCCAAAUCGCAAAUCCGGUACGGUCCAAGCACCUCUGGGAGCCGUGCCUUUUACGCCUGGGAGGGGUGAAGAGUUUCAGGGCAUGAGACCCAAGUACUAAGGUAAAGAAUCAGACAAAGCAAGAAUUAACAAAGGUUGAAAUUCUAUUCUGCCCCCACCAAGUUCAGCCAGACCGAACACUUGACACUUCCAACUUCUCACCUCCAGCUCCUGGAGCCUCGCAAGCAGAGCAGACUGCUUACAGAAUCCAGUCCUGAAAGAUGUUUUCCUAAGCUGUACAUUCACUUACCUCAACCCAGACCUGUGUGUCAAGUGAAAUUUCAGUGUUUUUAAAUAAAGUUUUAUUCCUCACCUGUGCGUGGUCUAUA